GAGAGAGUAGGAGGGAAGGAUGUCAGUGGGGUAAGGAGUGAGUUGUUUCAAUUUGCUGCGAUUGCUCAUCCAGGAGCCUGUUCCACUCAGGCAUAUUUGCAUUUUUGAGUCUGGAUGCUGUAGUUGGGCUCUCUCUGACUUCCUUGUCUGUUGUGUUUGAGGACGCUGCAUGUCUGGCGUGCAGACAUGGGCCCCUCAUUGCGCUCUGGGAUUACCACAUGCCUGCUCCUCGCAUUGGCUCAAAUGGUCUCUGUGAAUGGCCAAGAAGAUACCAAGAAAGACACCUGCAAAGAAAAUGGAAACGUCUAUGUUAACAAUGACAUGUGGAACCCGGAGCCUUGUCGGAUCUGUGUGUGCGAUAAGGGGACAGUUACGUGUGAUGAGGUGGUUUGUGAGGACCUUGGCAACUGUCAGAAAACUGUGACUCCAGAGGGUGAAUGUUGCCCUGUGUGCUUGAUUGCAGUCUCUGCAUUAACUCCCAGCACAGACCCCACAACAGCUGCAGAAGACAAAAAAGAGAAGAGCUGCACAGCUGAUGGAGAGCUCCACCAUCAUAAUGACAUCUGGAAACCUGAGCCUUGUCGCGUCUGUGUCUGUGACAAUGGCAUUGUCGUCUGUGAUGAGGUUCAGUGUGAACUACUGUCGAACUGUGAAAAGGUCGUCACCCCUGAGGGAGAGUGUUGCCCCGUGUGUAAUACCUUGGCUGGUGCCAGCAGGAUGAUUGAAAUUAUGGGCUUCAAGGGACAAAAAGGUGAACCAGGUGAUAUCCCAUAUGUGGUUGGGCUUCCAGGACUUCCAGGGCCCUCUGGUCCCCCGGGAGCUCAGGGUAACACUGGACCAAGAGGUUUUAAAGGACGAAAGGGAUUCAUGGGUCCUCCGGGAUUUGACGGAGACCCCGGUGUGCCAGGAAAUCCAGGAGAACCGGGACCUCCAGGUCAUCCUUCCUACCCUGGGGGUAACCUAGUAUCACAAAUGGCUUCAGGUUUCAGUGACAAGUCUGGUCUUGCUGGAAUGGUAACAGGAGUUAGGGGUGAAGCAGGACCACGAGGAGUUCCAGGACCAAAUGGACCCCCAGGUCCAGCUGGUGGUCAAGGGAUUCCAGGAGAGGCUGGAGAGCCAGGAGCAAUGGGCGAACCUGGUCAUCGAGGACCAGAUGGGCUUCCAGGAAAACCUGGGCCAGACGGGGAAUCUGGACCUUCUGGGGCUACAGGAGAAGCAGGAUUUCCAGGAUCUGUGGGUGCAAGAGGAUUUCCAGGACUUCCAGGUCUUCCAGGACUGAAAGGUCACAAAGGACACGCUGGUCUUGCUGGGCCAAAAGGCGAGUCUGGGUCUGUUGGAGCAAAGGGUUCCUCUGGUACUCCUGGUACAAUUGGUGCUCCAGGGCCACUAGGGCCAGUGGGCAUGCAAGGUGAAAGAGGCAGAGCUGGACCAACUGGUCCUGUGGGAAAACGGGGUACACCUGGCCAUGUGGGAAAACCAGGCCCUCUAGGUCCAAUCGGAAUACCUGGAGUGCCCGGAUUUCCUGGUAACCCAGGAAUGAAGGGUGAACCAGGGCCAACAGGGGUGAGAGGAAGUCCAGGACAGCAGGGACCCAGGGGAGAUGGCGGUCAUGUUGGACCACCUGGGCCAACAGGACAACAGGGUACAGCGGGAUCUGAUGGAGCUCCAGGUGCCCGUGGCCAAACAGGUUUAGCAGGUGUUCAGGGUCCAGCGGGUUUGCUCGGACCCUCUGGUACCCCUGGAUCGCAGGGAAUGACAGGUGCUCCAGGACCAAAAGGGCAAUUGGGUGAAGUUGGUGUAGCCGGAUUCAAAGGAGAAGCUGGACACAAAGGAGAAAGAGGUGACCAUGGUGCUCCAGGUCCAUUAGGCCCAAUGGGGGAUGAUGGAAAGCGCGGGCCACGAGGUGAUGGUGGAUCCAUUGGACCUCCUGGACAUGCAGGAGAGACAGGUUCUCCAGGAAAUAGAGGUUUCCCUGGUGCGGAUGGUUUACCAGGUCAAAAGGGAGCCCAGGGUGAAAGAGGGCUACCAGGGACAACUGGCGCAAAAGGUUUAGAUGGAGACCCAGGACGCAGUGGUGAACCAGGUUUAACAGGGGCUCGGGGACUCACUGGACCCAUUGGCUCUCAAGGACCAGAAGGAAAACAAGGACCCCUGGGUUCAGCAGGGGAGGAUGGCAAACAAGGCUCAGCAGGUUCUGCUGGAGGCAGAGGUGCAGUUGGAUCAAUGGGCCUUCCAGGACCAAAGGGCCUGACUGGUGAUACUGGAAAGAUUGGGGAGGCUGGAAGUGCUGGACCGCCAGGUCCAAGGGGAUUAAAUGGAAAAGAUGGAGAACAAGGUGCUGCUGGUCCACCUGGUCCAGCUGGUCUUGCAGGAAAAAGAGGAGAGCAGGGGCCACAGGGAUUGCAUGGUUUCCAGGGUUUGCCAGGAACACCAGGUCCACCUGGAGAGUCAGGAAAACUAGGCGAUGAGGGUCUUGCUGGAGAGGCUGGUGCUGUUGGAACUACUGGGGCAAGGGGAGAACGAGGCCCUCCAGGAGAAAGAGGUGAAAUUGGACCCAGUGGACUGCAGGGACCCAAAGGUGGUCCAGGUGGACCAGGACCAGAUGGACCAAAGGGUAACCCUGGUCCAAAGGGUGCUGGUGGAGAACCAGGAGGUCCAGGACUUCAAGGUAUGCCAGGGGAAAGAGGUGUACCAGGACCUUCAGGCCCAAAAGGAGAUGCUGGGUCUUUUGGAGAGAAAGGACCUGAAGGUAAAGCCGGAUCUGAUGGAGCAAGGGGACUUCCUGGUCUUGUUGGACCUGCUGGCCCAGGUGGACCUAAUGGGGAGAAGGGUGAAUAUGGACCACAAGGACCUGCAGGACCCAGAGGCUCUAGAGGAAUCACUGGAUCUACUGGUGAGCCUGGUCCAACUGGUGCUGUUGGAUUACCUGGUACUCAGGGUCCUGAUGGUCAACCUGGAGUCAAAGGGGAAACAGGUGAGAUUGGCCAGAAGGGAGAAACAGGACUACCUGGACCACAAGGGAUGGCUGGGAAACAUGGAGAACAGGGACCUGUUGGUGUUGCUGGACUAAAAGGUGGCAGAGGAACUCAGGGUCCAACAGGAUCUCCUGGUUUUCCUGGGCUGCCUGGAGGAGUUGGACCACCUGGUUCUAUUGGUCCUUCUGGAGCAGAUGGACCCAUUGGUACCCCAGGAAAGCAGGGCCCACCUGGGAUCCGGGGAGAGAAUGGAUCUCAAGGACGUCAAGGAGAGAGUGGACCAAGUGGCCACCCUGGCACCCAGGGAGAAAAAGGAGACUCUGGGGAAGAUGGUCCUCAAGGUCCUGAUGGGCCUCCAGGACCUGCUGGUGCUGCAGGACAACGAGGAAUUGUGGGACAGCCUGGACUUAGAGGAGAAAGAGGCAUGCAGGGACUGCCAGGUCCUGAGGGUCAACCAGGAAAACCUGGGGCAGCUGGAUCACCAGGUGGCAAAGGGCCUGCUGGCGGAGUUGGCCUACCAGGCACCACAGGGCCAAGAGGAGAUGCUGGCCCUGAGGGUAUUGCUGGAGCAGAGGGUUCUCCUGGCAAAGAUGGUCUUGUAGGAGAGAGGGGUGACAAGGGUGAUCCUGGUCCAGAGGGUUUGGCUGGAGGCACAGGUUCUGCAGGAGGUGAUGGUCCUGUGGGAAUUACUGGAGGUCCUGGACAGAGAGGCGAAAAUGGUGCCAGAGGUCCUCUUGGACCCCAAGGUCCAGCUGGAAUACGGGGGAAAGUGGGUCCUCAAGGGCCACAGGGAGAGAAAGGAGCAUCAGGAGAGCAAGGAGAGAGGGGCCAGAAAGGACACAGAGGUUUUACUGGACUCCAGGGUUUGCCAGGAACAGCUGGACAAACAGGAGAGCCAGGAUCUAUUGGUAUUGUUGGACCAGCUGGACCAAGAGGUUCUCCAGGAGUGACAGGUCCUUCUGGAAAGGAAGGAAACAUUGGCCAGCCUGGUCCAAUGGGUGCCCCUGGCAGCAGAGGAAGUGGUGGAGACAUUGGGGCACAGGGUCCACCUGGUGAACCUGGACCCCCUGGUCCUCCAGGCUCACCUGGACCUGCCACAGCAGCUGUUGAGAACCUCUUUGUUGGUCCUGUUGAUUAUGACAUAAACGGUGAUGUACCAGAAUCUGAGCAUUUCAUCGAGGACUAUGUGGCAGCUGAUCCUCCUCCACCUCCAGAGUUUAACAGAGAUGAAGCCCUUUCCAAUAAAAUUUCAACGAUAGUGAGUACAGACACUGGUGUCCGUGCCACACUCAAGACCCUCAGUGGACAUCUGCAGAACCUUCGUAGUCCUGACGGCAGCAAGAUGAACCCUGCAAAAACAUGCCAGGACAUCAAGCAGUGCUAUCCUCAGAAAAAGAGUGGUGAGUACUGGCUUGAUCCAAAUCAAGGAAGCGUAAAAGAUGCCAUCAGGGUCUUCUGUAAUAUGGAAAGUGGUGAAACCUGUAUCUCUGGCAAUCCGGCCAACAUUCCACGUAAAGCCUGGUGGACAAAAUCCAACCCUAGUGUUAACAAACCUGUUUGGUUUGGAACCAACAUGAAUUCUGGAACUAAAUUCAGCUAUGGAAACAAAGAGGAGCAGCCUAAUGCAGUAGCUGUUCAAGUGAAGCUGCUGCAGCUGUUGUCCAAAGAGUCGCAUCAGAACAUCACCUAUCACUGCAGGAAUAGCGUGGCCUAUAAAGACGAGAAGAGCAGCAUGAAGAAAGCUCUGGUCCUCAAAGGCUUCAACGGCCAGGAGCUUAGAGCGCAAGGCAAUAAUCGUCUGAAAUACACUGUCAUCAAGGAUGGCUGCUCUAAAUCAAAGGGAGACUGGGACAAAACAAUUAUUGAGUACAGGACACAAACUCCAAGCAGGUUGCCUAUUGUGGAUUUUGCCCCAAUGGACAUUGGAAAGCCUGAUCAGGAGUUCGGCUUGGACAUUGGCCCAGUGUGCUUUUCAUAAAACACAUGCGCAAUUCAAGAUGGACACGAAUCUCUUUUUAGAGGAGUAUCAUCAUCAGCCGAGGUCAGAUAUUAUAGCAUAUAGCACGUAGAUGUUGAUGUGGGUUUGGAUGUGUUGGAUGCUGGUAUAAUUUUUUCACCUUGUCAGUAAACUCACAAUCUAAAGCACAAGUGCUCUAGAGGGAAAUGCGUGAGGGUUUAGAAAAAUUUAAUGUGCUGAGAUAAAAUCCAAAUAAACUAUUUGCAAAAAUUGGAGACACACUGAUCUUAAAUGCAUUGAGCUUUUGGGGAACUUUUUCUGGAAACAAUCAAACCAUUUUUAAUAGUUUAUUAAUGACAGCUUUUUCCAGUAAAUGCAUGUACAUAGGCCUAGAUAGGGCAAUAGUUAUAGUUCUUAACUUUAAAGAAAACAAAACAUAAAAAUGAAAUAAUAUGCUUGAACCUAAAUUAUUAAGAUCUGUGCAGGAACAUAUUUAAUCUUUUUCACAGAAAGCCUCUGUAUCUCCUUUUAAAAAAUGAAGUGUAAAUGCAAGUUAUGACUGUAUAUUGCAAAACUCUUUUCUUAAUGUUUAACGAUGAUGAGGAAUAAAUGACUUUAUUUGGAUUAACAGUGCUCCUCCAGCAAAAUGAAACUAUAAAGGCCAAAUAAAAACUUGGUUCUCCCCACAGAGAAGCAAAAGUUUGUUCUGAAUAAGUCUGACUUUGCUGAAUCUCAAAUCGUCUCACCAGGAGAGGGAGACAUUUUUGCUUCUUUGACCUUUAAACAGAUAACAGUUGCCAAAUUUCAGGGUUUGGCGUUUAAUUACAUGGGUGAAAUGCAAUGUCAGUGUUAUAAUGUGUUAUAAUAAUGAGAAGUAAUUAUGCUAAAUGUACUGACUCAUUCUGUUUAUCAGACCCUGCAACACAAAUGUGUAUAUCUUUAGUUUGAAAGUGUCCACACUGAGCAUGUUUCGUUUUACUUUACUGUGCCUUUAUGUACAAGGGCGUGUGCACAGAGCAGACACACACACAAAGGAGAUAUCCAGAGCGAGGGAGAGAGAAGGCAACCUUACAGGAAAAAAAGCCAAAGUUCAGACAGCACAUGUUUCUGGGUCGACCUCUCCUCUCUGUGUUCGCUGAAAGACGUGAUACUCUCACCAUUUCCCGCAGCUCCGGUCUAGCGCCACAUCUGUUGAGGUGGUCAUUUUUAGCCAGGGCUGCUAUUUUCAUUUCUGUACAUGUAAAAUUUUAGGAUAAAGUGUGGUGUAGGAAUCUUUACUGUAACCUCUGUCAACUCUACAUACAGUGCUGUGUAUAUUUUCCGUGUCCAUAUACAAGGUCAGGCGGGAAAAAUAUUAUUCUAGAACUGUGUGACAGUGAAGUCUUUAGUCUGGUGUUUAUACACAUCAACCGAUGUGUCUGAUGUAAUUUCUAGUCUUCAAAUUCAUUAUGCAACUUCUAACCAGUGCACAAUUGGGUUUACUAAAAACAACAUAAAAGGAAAAGUUUAAUUUAAAUUUGAAAGGUUGAUAAUCUACCAUUUAAAUUUUAGUUGGUUAGUUAGUAAAUAUGGAAAUAGCAUUUUCUAAUGGUGGUGAUAUUUAUUUUGCAUCAGAAAGUAUUUGCUAAAAAAAUGAACUGUGCUACAAGCAUUAAUUACCACAGGAAGUGCACUUGUCAGGUCAGUUAGUUAAGUUUUGUUUCAUUGACUUUAAAUUGUCUUUUAAACGUCAGAUUAAAUUACAAGAAAUACA